CUUUCAUCCGCGUCCAGAGCCGGGAUGAUCUUCCUGCCUGCUCAGGGCACGAACGCGCAGCUCCCCGCAACAGUAACCUGAUCGACAGGUGCCCGGUAGUUUUCCCAGAUCCGCGCCCCACCGGAAGCAAGCCACGAUCCCCCGCCACAUGCGCCACCUGGCACCGCAAUCUUGUCCGGCCCUAAUCGUCGCCAAUUUAGUAACCAAUUACCAGCUCUAAUCGCCAUGGUCACCCACUACAGCUCGGUCGCCAGCUGAUCACUGAUCAGUCACCUUGAUGGAUGGAUGCAGACAUGGAUGCAGCCGGUAAAGGAGUGAGGAUGAGCAGAGCAGUGGAGUGAGAAGGGCGGGCGGGCGGUUGAGCUUAGCAGCCAGACCAGAGCAGCGAUUGCUACUCACCAAAUCCACCACCUGACGCGGCCACACCUGUCCCGGCUCCCGCCUUACCAUGUCCCCCCACCUGCCGCUCCCCCUCCUCCCCUCCCGCCCCGCACGCCGCUGCGCGCUCCCAUGCCACCGCCGCGCCGGCUCCAUGGCUUCCUCCUCGUCCUGCCCCUCCUCCUCGUGUCCCUGCUCGCGAGGUGGAGGCCCGCGGCGGCGUCCGCGCUCUCGACCUUCGCGCUGGCCAGGGCGGGCGACGCGACCAUAGUGUGCGGCCUCCUGCCGUCGGCGUCCUCGCCGCUGCUGGCGGACCUCAACUGCACGGCGGCGGGCGGCGACCACGCGCGCCAGGAGACGUACCCGUCCUCGCACCCCUUCGCGGCGCUGGCGGGCGGGGAGGACUUCCUCUGCGCCGUAGGGCCCUCCGGGGAGCGCGCUGGCGCCGUCGACAUGCGCUGGUGGGACCUCUCGCCCGGCGCGCCCAGCCGGGCCAAGCGGGUCUACUCCGGCCCGCCGCUCCACGCGCUGGCCGCCGGGGAGUACCGCGUCUGCGGGGUGCUGGGCAGCGGGGAGCUCCACUGCUGGCGGUGGCGUGGGCUGGGCAUCCCCGGGAACCUGCGCUUCGUCGCCGCGGCCGUCGGGGACGGCUUCGUGUGCGGCAUCCUCAGGGACGCGGAGUCCAUCCGGUGCUUCGGGAACGACACGGCGGACCCGGCCGUCGCCGGGGCGCCGCCGGGCGGGAGCUACGACGUGGUGGCGGCCUGCGGCACCCGCGCGUGCGCGCUGUCCAAGGCGGGGGCGAUCACGUGCUGGGGCCGCGGGAGGCCGGAGCUCGCGGGCGCCGGCGCGGCCGCCGGGUACGCCGCGCUGGCAUUGGGCGAGGACGGCGUCUGCGGCCUGCGCACCAACGGCACCAUCAGCUGCUUCGGCGACGGCGUCGCAUCGCCGCCGGGCAGCCUCGCCGACGCGCAGUACCUCGACGUCAAGGCGCAGGGUAAGGCGUUCUGCGGCAUCCUCAUGGCCAACUACUCCCUCGUCUGCUGGGGCGGCCGCGAGUUCAACGACACCAACCGCCUCGUCUUCCGCCGCGUCAUGCCGGGGCCCUGCGCGCCCAUGUCCUCCUGCAAUUGCGGCGUCCUCGCGGGUUCCGCCAACAUCUGCGCCGCCGGGAGCUGCGUCUGCAUGGACUGCGCCUUCCAGUUCAACCUCGCCGUGCCCAACGCGUCGCUGGGCACCGGGAAAGGUGGCCGGAGCAGGAGGGCUGUGUGGAUCGCCGUCGCGGCGGGGGCGGCUGGUUUCCUCGUGCUCCUCGUAGCAUUGCAGUUCGCGCUGCUCCUGUGGUGCCGCCGCCGCCGCCGCCGCCGUAGGAACGAGCAGGAUGCCGCCGGCGACGUGCAGCAGGCGCUGAUGCCGCAGCGAAUCGGCUCACGCAGCGUGGUGGAGCGCUUCACGCUGGAGAUGCUCCACGCCGCGACGGACGGGUUCUCCGACGACUGCCGGAUCGGGACGGGGAGCUUCGGGUCCGUGUACCGCGGCACGCUCCCCGACGGGCGUGAUGUCGCCAUCAAGCGCGCCGAGGACUCGGCCAAGGCGUCCAGCUCGGCGGCGAGGCCCGCGCGGCGGCGCGACCGGGAGACGGCGUUCAACUCGGAGCUGACCGCGCUGGCGCGCGCCAACCACAAGAACAUCGUGUGCCUGCUAGGCUGCUGCGCCGACUCCGGCGAGCGCGUGCUGGUGUACGAGUUCAUGGCGAACGGCACGCUGCACGACCAGCUCCACAGCCGCACUCCCAUGGCCCCCGCCGUGGCGUCGUGGCGCGGCCGCCUCACCAUCGCGCUCGACGCCGCGCGGGGCAUCGAGUACAUGCACGUCUACGCCGUGCCGCCCAUCAUCCACCGCGACGUCAAGUCCGCCAACAUCCUCCUCGACGACGCCUGGACGGCCAAGAUCGCCGACUUCGGGCUGUCCUCCAUCCUGGACCCCACCGCCGGCGCCUGCGACGACGGCGGCGGCGGCACCCCGCGGGCGCCGCUCUACACCGGCGGCACGGUGGGGUACAUGGACCCGGAGUACUACCGACUGCAGCACCUGACGGACAAGAGCGACGUGUACAGCUUCGGCGUGGUGCUGCUGGAACUCAUGUCCGGGUGCCGCGUCGUGCAGCGCUACGCCGAGAGCGUGACGCCCAAGAACGUCGUCGAGUUCGCCGUGCCGCACAUCCUCGCCGACGACGUCGCGCGGGUGCUCGACCCGCGCCUCCCCGCGCCCACGCCCGAAGAGGCCGAGGCGCUGGCCUACGUGGGCUACCUCGCCGCCGACUGCGUGGGCCCCAUCGGGUGCGACCGCCCGUCCAUGACCGAGGUCGUGGACGCCCUGGAGCGCGCCCUCGCCGCGUGCGGCGCGGCCCCGCUGUCCCGUGCCGGCACCGGCCGCCGCCCCGCGCUCUCCCGCUCCGGCACCGACCAGUUCGACCUCACCGACACCGACUAGCCCGCCGCCGUCGCCAUUGCUGACGAAACGUAGCCAUUCGCAUCGCAUCACCGAUCACUUCCACGGACCGUAGUGCCCCGCCAACUGCAAACCGCCGCACGCGCGUCGCCAUUGGGGACACCAGAUCGUCCUGUCCCUGGGCCAUGGCUGCUCCAUCGACAAGAAGAAGAAAAAAAGGCAAUCAAGCAACAGGGGAAUCAGAAGCCAUCAGAUCCGACGCCGACAUCUUCCCCGGCGCCGCGGCGAGAUCAACGGUCUGAUUCCUUCUUCGUGGGAGAAACCUUCGUCGGAUUGACUCGCGAACAACCCCUCCACAGCGACGCGGCACCGGAUCCGGCAUGGCCGUCGUGCGGGGUGAAACGAAUUGACGGGACCCGGCACGACGACGGAAAAGAUCAUUCUUUCUUUCUCUCCCCUUUUCUUCCUCCUUGCUGUAUUCGUUGUGCCUCUGCUUUCGGCAUUUCCCUCUCCGGGCGGUUUCCAGAUUCUUUACCAAUGUGAAUAGAUAGAUCAGUGACAGAGAUUGAGAAAAAUAGAAUUACGAUUUACACUUGCUUCAAAUUUCUUUCCAAUGAAGAUUAUUUGGACUUGUUCAUAUGUGUUAUUCGUUGAAUUCUUUUCAACCCGUUGCAACAGAAUGAACAGCAUAUACUGUAUAUAAACACUAAGGCUCACAUAUAUUUAAAAAAACUUGUGAAUUGAA